GGUGAGACAAGCGCCCCUUCACGAGGUUCCGCCCCAUAGCCCUUAAACACACUCCUGUUGCUGCCCCGAGCCCCCCGUCCCGAGGAACUCCUUGCAUUCACAUUAAUACACCCCAUAGUUAUUGUUUCUGGUGUGGCCGAAGAUACUUGCACAAUAAGCAAAAUGGCGAAUUCAGAGGGAAAUAAACUUUGGGGCGGUCGUUUUGUGGGAAACACUGAUCCUAUCAUGGAGAAGUUCAAUGCAUCCAUCGCCUAUGACCAGAGGAUGUGGGAUGCGGACAUCAGAGGAAGCAAGGCAUAUGUCAAAGCACUGGAAAAGGCCGAGCUGGUCACCACGGAGGAAAUGAACAGUAUUUUACAUGGGAUGGAACAGAUUUCUGAAGAGUGGGCCAAGGGAGCUUUUGUGGUGAAGCCAGGAGAUGAGGACAUCCACACAGCCAACGAGCGCAGGCUGAAGGAGCUGAUUGGAGAGCCUGCUGGGAAAUUACAUACCGGCCGGAGCAGAAAUGAUCAGGUGGUGACUGACAUGCGGAUCUGGUUGUGUGACGCCAUAGCGACCUUAAAGGAAGACGCCCUGCAGCUGGUUGCUACCAUGGUGGAGCGUGCCUCUGUAGAAAUAGAUGUCCUGUUUCCUGGUUACACCCACAUGCAGAGAGCACAGCCAAUCAGGUGGAGCCAUUGGAUACUGAGCCAUGCCGUGGCCGUCAGCAGAGAUGUAGAGCGUCUUCAGGAGAUCCGGUCCCGGACCAACGUACUUCCUCUUGGCAGCGGUGCGAUCGCCGGAACCCCUUUCAAUAUUGACAGAGAGCUGCUGCGUAAAGAGUUGGAGUUUGACGGCAUCAGCAUCAACAGCAUGGACGCCACGGGCGAGAGGGACUUCGUCGCUGAGUUUCUCUUCUGGGCGUCGCUGUGUCUCACUCACCUCAGCAAGAUGGCGGAGGACCUGCUGCUCUACAGCACCAAGGAGUUCUCCUUCAUCGCUCUCGCUGACGCGUACAGUACUGGGAGCAGCCUGAUGCCACAGAAGAAGAAUGCAGACAGUCUGGAACUGAUUCGGAGCAAAGCAGGUCGUGUUCUUGGCAGAUGUGCAGGGUUCAUGAUGACCAUCAAAGGCUUACCGAGCUCCUACAACAAGGACCUGCAGGAGGACAAGGAGGCCAUGUUUGACUGCUUUGACACCCUUCACGGGGCACUUCGGGUGACCACGGGAGUGAUGUCCACGCUCAAGAUCAACCGGCCUGUGAUGGAGGCAGCCCUGAGUCCAGACAUGCUGGCCACUGACCUGGCCUACUACCUCGUCCGCAAGGGGCUGCCCUUCAGAGAGGCCCACGGACUCUCUGGCAGAGCCGUCUUCCAGGCAGAGUCUAAGAACGUCCCUCUGAACCAGCUGACUGUGGAGGACCUCGCCGCUAUAAGCCCCCUGUUUGACCGCGACGUGGCGGCCGUGUGGGACUACAGCAGCAGUGUGGAGCAGUACAGCGCCCCCGGUGGCACGGCCCGGAGCAGCGUCACAGCGCAGGUGCAACACCUGAGGAGAUGGCUGCAGGACCACACCCAGUGAUCUCGCUUGGCCAGUGAAGGACAAGAGACGACCGUUACCUC